AUGAAGUGGAAAGAAAGGGGUGACACCGCUGAAAGAGUCCACAAAUGGAUAGAGGCAAGGGCCGAUAUGAUGAAGACAAGGAUGAUUGCAAGCGUACGUUUGGCAGCAAGACUUCCUCCAAUGGUUAAAGAUGGUAACAUCCCUUCUCAUUUUUAUACAAAUGAUGCGGAAUCAAAUAACAACCGCCUGAAGUCCAUUAAGCAGCGCAAAUCGUCUGGAUUUAGUGGGACUAUCGAAGCUAUCCAACGUCUCGUUGAAACUGAAAGUGAGGAAUUUGCUCAAGCAGUGGCAGGAGUCUCUGAAGAUUUCCAACUUCGCGAGGAGUUCCAGAAGUUUGUUGUACCAGAUUUCCUCAUCCACUCUCAAGACGAACGCACUAGAUACAUCAACAAGCUGAGUUUGGCCAGCAUGGAAGAGCUACAUGCGGCAAAUUCUCCGGGAUCAUUUCAGUGGGUUCCUAAUAUCGAAUCAACGCCCAACUCAAAAGAGUUGCCUUCAGAUAUAAGCCUUGAUCACUUGAAAGAAGAUGCUCGUUUGGAAGUUAUUUCAAGUUCACUUCGUGAGGAGAUGGUAAAAAAAGCACGGCUGCUUCUAGAAAACAAAAGUGUUUGGCGAGGACCCCCAACAUCUGAUGGAAACCCAACGUUUUCUGUUACAAGUUUUUCCCAAGAGAGGCCUCAUUAUGUUAUCACAGACAGUAAGACUGGUCGAGUGGAAUGCGAAUGUGCCAACUGGAAAACUCUGAAGCUAUGUUCACACGCUUUAGCAGUUGCGGAGCGAGAAGAUGCUUUACAUGAAGAUAUCGAGUUUUAUUCAAAGCAACCGAUUUCCAAGAAGAGAAAUUUAACAAAAGUAAGUAACGUGGAUGUCAAUGUUUGCCCACUUGGUCGGAAAGGAAGCAUGGUCCGCAAGGGUCGAAAGAAAACGUCGUCUACAGUCUCAGCCCCUAAGAAAAGUCAACCAUCGUCCUCAUCUUCUACUCCAGGAAAGUACACCCUGCGUUGGCUUUCGGAAAGCAAAUCAUAUCAGUGUUAUGGAUACAACUCGGCGAUUUGUGUUCCUGGUGAUGUUCCCCAGGCUCCCAACGAUGUUGUUGCUGCUACCAAAGAAUACAGAUCAUUUACGAAAGAUGGUAAGCUCCAAGUGCGUUACGGGCCAACGCAUUAUCACCUAAAGAACGAGUGUAUAAUGCAGAAAAUGACAACUUUAAUCCGAGGACAGACAUAG